AUGCCCAAGAAACUCAAGCUCGCUGUUUCCCAAAGCAGGACCUUGGACACUCUACAGCAAACCUUGGAUGCUCUAGCAGCUACAACUCGCAAAGCAGCAAGUCAAAAUGUCGACCUCGUUCUCUUCCCUGAAGCCUAUCUAGGCGGCUACCCACGCACCUGCGAUUUUGGCGCCUCAGUUGGAGCUCGUGCCCCUCAUGGCCGCGAUCAGUUUCUCGAAUACUUCCACGCCGCUGUUGACCUUGGCGAUACACCUCUCGGUGCCGGCGAUGACUGGGUCGACCGUAAACUCCCCACUGCCAAAGGACGUGAAUACCGUGGCGAUGGCACCAGAGAGUUUCUCGAACGCGUGGCUCGCGAGACUGGCGUGUUCAUCGUGACUGGACUGGUCGAACGCUGUGGAGGAAGUCUCUACUGCGGUGUCGUUUAUGUCUGUCCUCGAUACGGAUGUAUCGGCAAGCGCAGAAAGCUCAUGCCUACUGGAUCUGAACGCCUGGUGUGGGCCCAAGGACAGGCUUCCUCAUUACGUGCCGUCACCACUGAAAUCAAAGGUGUACAACUCUGCCUCGCGGCGGCCAUUUGCUGGGAGAACUAUAUGCCGUUGUUGAGAUACAGCUUGUACUCACAGAACGUGAAUUUGUAUCUUGCGCCUACGGCUGACGCGAGAGAUACUUGGGAACCAUUGAUGAGGACCGUGGCAUCGGAGAGUAGGGCCUUCGUGCUCAGCGCCAACCAAUGCGUUAGAAAGAGUCAUUUGCCCGCCUGGAUCUCGGGUAGUGACAGCAGCGCUAUUGCCGAAGACAACUCUGCAGACGAAUUCGUCUGUCGUGGUGGUUCUUGCAUCAUUGGUCCUAUGGGUAAUGUCCUGGCAGGCAGUCUCUGGGAGGUCGAAGACGGAUUCAUGGCCGUCGAGGUUGACUUUGAGGACUGCGAGAGGGGAAGACUGGACAUUGAUGUUGCGGGCUCUUACUCAAGAAACGAUGCUUUCCAUCUUACUGUUGAUGGAUUGGAUCUCAACCCACCUCCAUUCUGAGGAAGAGCUAAUAUAAAACACAGAGAGAUCAAAAGAAAAGCUAUUGAAGAGAGUCACAAGUUUAUGGAAAAUUCAACCACAAAUCAGCUGAAGAAGUAUCACUCAGCACAAUCUGAAAUAUUAU